AAUCCAAACAUGUAUCUCAACAACUUUGUUAUGAACGGUAACAUCCGGUUCGUCAAGAAAAUCGGUGCCGGAACCUUUGGCCUAAUCUACUUAGUAGAAGAUGUGAAUACUGGCAAACAGUACGCAGCCAAAAUGGUGUUGAAAGACCCACCACCAAAGCAGGGCUCCUCCAAGGACUCGACAGAAAAUAAAAAGUACAUCCAGGCCAAAAUCUUCAAUUACUUUGCCAGCCACCAGCAAGUGGUUGCUGAGGAUAUCGAAUUGGACCUCAUCAAAGAGGAUGGAGUGCAUUGCCCAUUCCUUCGUGAAAUAGCAUUGCACUUAAAGGUCCACAAGCAUCCAAACGUCAUAACCAUCCAUAGAGUGUUGAACUUGGGCGACUUAGCCAUUGUCAUCUUGAUGGAUUACUUUGAACAAGGUGAUUUGUUCAACAACAUUAUCGACAACCAAAUCUUUUUAAAGCAUAAACCAGAACAUCAUAAGCAAUUAUUAAUGAAGAACGUCAUGUUGCAGCUCGUUGAAGUUAUUGAAUACUGCCAUGAGCAAGGUGUAUACCACUGCGACUUGAAACCAGAAAAUAUCAUGAUCCGUUAUAAUUCAAGCUACAAGAGAAAGUCGGCCUGGCCAUUGGUUGACUACGACGAAGUCCACAUUGUCUUGAUUGACUUCGGUUUAGCCAUGAGCUCCAACUUGAUCUGCUGCAAUGCCUGCAGAGGCUCCAGUUUCUACAUGGCUCCAGAAAGAACCACCAACUACAACACCAACAGAGUCAUCAGAGGCUUAGUUGACAUGAAACAAUAUCACUCUGUGGAAAUCAACAACGUCACGGUGACAGAAUCCAAUUCCAAGUUCUUCCCAACAUUGGCCGGUGAUAUCUGGUCAUUGGGAGUUUUAUUCAUCAACAUUACCUGUGCAAGAAACCCAUGGCCAAUUGCAUCGUUCAAUGAAAACCACGGCAACAACGAGGUAUUCAGAGGCUACAUGUUAGAUAACAACAAGAACAUCCUCACCUCAAUCUUGCCAAUCUCAUUCCAAUUCAACAGAUUGUUGGAUAAGAUCUUCCAAUUGAACCCUAACGACAGAAUCGCAUUACCUGAAUUGUACAAGGAAGUCAUCAAGUGUGAUUUCUUCCACGACUUCAAGAAGAGAAACAGCAGUUCGGCUUCGGGCAAGGACAACUAUCAGUUGAACACUCCUCCAGAAACAGACGCCUGCAACUCGUAUGUCAACAGUGAUGAUGAAGAACGCGGAAAGGAUUCCCACUCAGAAGAAGAAAUCGAAGAC